UACUCUCUCGUCGCCAGUCGUCACUUCCUCUCCGACAGAAUCAACUUUUUCAGCCGGGCGAGUGUCAAUGGCGUUGGCGGUUGGAGCUUCCUACCUCUCUCCCGUUAUCCUCAAACCCCGACCCGCUUCCGCCACCGCCGUCGCCUGCAGCGGCGGCAACCACGCGCUCGAGGCCGCGCUCGUGCGGCGCGCCGCCGAGCUCGCCGACAAGUCCGCCGGAUUCACCUCUCCGCACCCGAAUGUCGGUUGCUUGGUGGCGAGCGGCGGCGGCGGGGGCGAGGGCGGGGACGUGGUGGGCGAGGGGUACUUGUACGCUCAGGGGACGAAGCCCGCCGAGGUCCAGGCCGUCGAGGCCGCCGGCGAACGCUGCAGAGGCGGCACCGCGUUUCUUAACCUGGAGCCCGGUGAUUGCCAUGGUGAUCAUACCGCUGUUUCCGCUCUUGUCCAGGCAGGUAUUACAAGAGUAGUUAUUGGGAUGAGGCAUCCCCUACAGCAUCUACGGGGCAAUGCUAUACGCGAAUUAAGAGGUCAGGGACUGCAGGUCGAUGUUUUUGGGGAGGAUCUACAGAGUAAAAUCAUCGAGGAUCAUUUGGUGCAGGAAGCUCAAAAAGCAUGCCGCAUUGUCAAUGCUCCUUUGGUUUACAGAGCUGCUUCUCGAGUUCCAUUUUCUGUUCUUAAGUAUGCCAUGACCCUUGACGGAAAGAUAGCUGCCAGUAGCGGACAUGCUGCAUGGAUAAGUAGCAAAAAGUCUAGGAGUAGAGUUUUUGAGCUGAGAGGUAGGAGUGAUGCAAUUGUUGUGGGAGGAAAUACUGCACGUAGGGACAAUCCACGCCUAACUGCUAGGCAUGGCGGUGGUCACCUGCCCAUGCGCAUUGUGAUGACGCAGACUCUUGAUCUUCCUGAAGAAGCAAACCUUUGGGACAUCUCCGAAGUAUCCACUAUAGUUGUAACCCAAAGAGGUGCCAGGAAGAGUUUCCAAAGAUAUCUAGCAUCCAAAGGGGUUGAAGUUGUUGAGUUUGAUAUUUUGAAUCCAAGAGAUGUGAUGGAGUAUUUCUAUGAUCGCGGUUACCUUUCAAUUUUGUGGGAGUGUGGUGGGACGUUGGCUGCAUCUGCCAUUUCAUCUGGCGUGAUACACAAGGUUUAUGCAUUUGUCGCUCCUAAAAUUAUUGGUGGAAAAAAUGCACCAUCACCUGUGGGUGAACUUGGGAUGGUAGAAAUGACUCAAGCCUUAGAUCUGAUUGAUGUUUGCUAUGAGCAGGUUGGACCUGAUAUGCUGGUGAGUGGAUUUCUUCAGCCCAUACCUGACCUAACACCUGUUAUACCAUCAGUGGACGAGACUUCUGCCAUUGAUCCCACAGUUACACUCUACGAUUCGAGCAUCAUAUUCUUCUAUAAGACAUGGGAUCCUUAUGGAGCUUUCUCAAAUUUUUCUCCUCAUCCGAUUCAAAUGCUGGAUGAAAAUGGUAAUUAUGCAACUUGGUCAACUGUGGAGCACUACUACCAGGCACACAAGUUUGUUGGAGUUGACAAUUCUCUUGCACGAGCAUGUGUUGAAGACAUAAAAUCUGCGAAAAGUCCAGAGGAGGCAGCGAGAAUGGGAAGGUCUUUGCAGAGGCAGCACCCCGAUCUGGUGAGAUCUGACUGGGAGAGUGUGAAGAUUGAUGUAAUGUAUAGAGCCUUGAAGAGCAAGUUCUCAAUUUACCCCCACUUGAAUAACAUGCUUCUCUCAACUGCUGGUUCCGUUCUUGUUGAAGCCUCACCGCAUGACCACUUCUGGGGUGGAGGAAGGGAAGGGGAAGGAUUAAAUUAUUUGGGCAGGCUAUUAAUGCAGUUGAGAUCUGAGUUUCUUGGUGAGUCCUCUACUACCAGCGUAAGCUCCAUUUUAGCUGCAUAACAUCUAUGCUUGUUGAGAAUUGACAAAAUGGUGGAGCAUUUCUUGUUCCCGCUUGAGUUGUCCAAAUAUGUUGGAAAAUCAAUUGGACACAUAGCUGCAAAGUUCUGUGGUCAAGAGGGCUGUUAAUCUUUAUCAUGCAAGUAUGAAGAUUCAUAUGAUCUUGCAUUUGAUUUCAA